ACGGUUUUGGUUGCCAUGUUUCCACCCCCUUACCGGCUUGACUCACGGUCAUUUCCACCACAAGAUGAACCGUUCAACAUAAUCCCAAUCCACAAUCUCCACACGGAUCAUCCCUGCCUCCGGUACCAACAAGUACACACAGUCGUAUCAUCCUUACAGGCCGUCGGCGACCUCCAAAAGCCGCCGUUCCACCCAUGGCUUCCUUCCAUGGACCUCCUCGAUUGGUUGGGAAUGUUUUUUGGUUUCCAACGUGAUAAUGUAAAGAACCAAAGGGAACACCUUGUUCUACACUUGGCCAACGCCAAAAUGCGACUCUCUCCUCCGGACGACAACGACGGAACCUCCCAAGCCAUAGUCCUCCGUGAGUUCCGCUGUAAGCUUCUCGAGAAUUACACUAGCUGGUGCUCUUAUGUCGGGAAGGCAUCCAACGUUUGUAUUUCAGACAGCUCCAGCUGUGGUUCGGAUAUUUCCAGAAGAGAAUUGCUUUACGUUGGACUUUAUUUGUUGAUAUGGGGAGAAUCUGCAAAUUUGAGGUUGAUGCCUGAAUGUAUCUGCUACAUUUUUCAUCACAUGGCCAUGGAACUGAACAAAAUCCUUGAUGAUUACACUGAUGAAGACACUGGACAGCCAUGGAUUCCAUCGACAUCAGGAGAAAACGCAUUCCUAAACUGCGUUGUGAAGCCCAUAUAUGAUACUAUCAACAUUGAGGUUGGUAGAAGCAAAAACGGAACCGCCCCUCACGAUAAAUGGAGAAACUAUGAUGAUUUCAAUGAGUACUUUUGGAGCAAGAGGUGCUUUCAUACUCUCACGUGGCCACUUGAUUUCAGCAGCAGUUUUACAAGUGAAAGGAAAACUGGGUUUGUCGAACAAAGGACGUUUUGGAACGUUUUCAGAAGCUUCGACAGGCUUUGGUUGAUGCUGUUUCUUUCCCUGCAAGUGAUGGUAAUCUUGGCCUGGGAGGAGAAGAAACUUCCAUGGUGGGCUUUGGAUAACAAAGAUGUUAAGAUUAGAGUUCUAACAUUGUUUAUCACAUGGAGUGGAAUGAGGUUUCUCCAUGCUUCACUCGAAGCAGCCAUGGAGUUCAGUCGUGUUUCGAGAGAGACGUUGGGACUCGGCCUUAGGAUGGUGCUAAAGAUUUUGGUUGCUGCAGCAUGGACUUCUGCUUUUGUGACUUGCUAUACAAGGAUCUGGGCACAAAAGAACAACGACAAACAUUGGUCUGAUGAGGCUAACCAAAGGGUAACUCUUUUUCUAAGGCUUGCAUUUCUUUAUGGGUUUCCAGAACUAGGGAAAUUGGUAUUCUUUUUUCUUCCCAGUAUUACUCUGAACUGUAAGGUACUUUACCCGAUUUCAUGGUGGUUCCAUGGUGAUUGUUUUUUGGGUCAGGGGCUGAAGGAGGGUGUGGUUGAUAGUUUCAAGUAUACUCUAUUCUGGGCGGUGUACGAGUGGGACUGGCAAACAAUCUUUAGUGUCAGCAACAAGUUCAUCAUCGGAUUGUUGUGGUUGCCUGUGCUGUUGAUUUACUUGGCGGAUACUCAGAUUUGGUACUCUAUCUAUUCUCCCUUUGUCGGGGGUGCAAUGGGGUUGCUACAGCAGCUUGGUGAGAUCAGAAACAUUGAGCAGCUAAGUUUGAGGUUCCGGUUCUUCGCCAGUGCCAUUCAGUUUAACCUGAUGCCACAAGAGGAAACAAAGAUUACUUGCAGAACCUUAAGGGAAAAAUUCAAUGAAGCUAUUCAUCAGCUGAAGCUGAGAUGUGGGCUCAGUCAGCCUUUCAAAAUGGUCGAACUCGAAUCGAACCAAGUCAAGGUUAGCACGUUUGCUUUGAUAUGGAAUGAAAUAAUUACCACUUUUAGGGAAGAAGAUAUCAUAUCGGAUGAUGAAGUUGAACUAUUACAGUUGCCCCCAAAUUCUUGGGAAAUCAAGGUUAUUUGUUGGCCUUGUUUUCUUUUGGGGAAUGAAUUGCUACGUGCUCUUGUUCUGGCUACGGACUUGACUGAUGCUCCCGAUAACUGGCUGUGGCAUAAAAUAUGCAAGAAUGAAUAUAGGCGCUGUGCUGUGAUCGAAACAUAUGAUUCUGUCAAGUACUUGAUGCUUCAUGCGCUAAUCAAAAGCAAUACCGAGGAGCAUUCAAUUCUCAAAGUCAUAUUUCAGGAAAUCGAUCAUUCUAUUGAGAUCGGGAAGUUCACUGCAACAUUUAGAACUGCUGCACUGCUCCAAGUUCAUUCCAAGUUGAUAAAACUUGUUGAGCUGUUGCUUGAUCCCAACAGGGAUGUGAAUGAGAUUGGUUAUGCCAUGCAGGAACUUUAUGAAAUUGUUGUCCAUUCCCUUUUUAAAGCAAAGAGAACUACAUACCAGUUGAGGGAGGAUGGGUUGGCUCGUAAAAGUCAAACUGCCAUGGCUGGAACGCUAUUUGAGAACACAGUUGAAUUGCUGGAUCCUGGUAAUAAGAACUUCUAUAUGCAAGUUAAGCGCUUGCAUACAAUUCUUACCACUAGAGACCCAAUGCAGACCAUUCCUGGUAAUAAUGAGGCAAGACGUCGACUUGCUUUCUUUAGCAACUCACUCUUUAUGAAAAUGCCUCGAGCUCCUCCAGUGGAGAAGAUGACAGCUUUCAGUGUCCUUACCCCUUUCAACGACGAAGAUGUUUUAUACAGCAAAGAAGCACUCCAAGCUAAGAAUGAAGAUGGGAUUUCCAUCUUGUAUUAUUUGCAGACCAUUUACGAUGAUGAGUGGAAAAUUUUCAUCCAAAGAAUGCAACGAGAGGGAAUGGAAACAGCUGAUGAAAUAUGGACAACCAGAUUAAGAGAUUUAAGGCUUUGGGCAUCUUAUAGGGGUCAGACACUUGCACGCACUGUCAGGGGAAUGAUGUACUAUUAUCGAGCUCUAAAGCUUCUAGCUUUUCUAGAUUUUUCAUCAAAAACAGAUACUAACGUAAUAGAAGAGGAAGGUAUUGCUUUGAUGAAGUAUACAUAUGUUGUUUCCUGUCAGAAGUAUUGGGAACAUAAGGCCGAAGGGGACCCUCGUGCUGAGGAAAUCAUGGAUCUUUUGAAACACAAUGAAGCCCUUCGAGUUUCCUAUGUUGAUCAGGUUUCAACAGGGAUAGAUGAUAAGGAAUAUUACUCUGUUCUCGUUAAGUAUGACCCGCAAUUACACAGGGAAGUGGAGAUCUACCGAAUCAAAUUGCCUGGUCCAAUAAAGCUUGGAGAAGGGAAACCAGAGAAUCAGAACCACGGCUUUGUCUUCACUCGUGGUGAUGCGGUUCAAACCAUUGAUAUGAACCAAGACAACUAUUUUGAGGAAGCACUAAAAAUCCGUAACUUGUUGGAAGAAUUCAUGCACCACCAUGGAAUCCGUAGGCCAACUAUAUUGGGAGUUAGAGAACAUAUUUUCACUGGCUCCGUUUCAUCAGUUGCUUGGUUUAUGUCAGCUCAGGAAACAAGCUUUGUUACAUUACUUCAGCGUCUCUUUGCGAAUCCACUGAAAAUCCGAAUGCAUUAUGGCCACCCCGAUGUCUUUGACAGGCUUUGGUUCUUGACUCGUGGCGGCCUUAGUAAAGCGUCCAAAGUUAUCAAUAUCAGUGAGGACAUUUUUGCUGGCUUUAACUGUACUUUGCGAGGGGGCAGUGUCACACACCAUGAAUACAUUCAGGUCGGCAAAGGAAGAGACCUUGGGUUUAAUCAAAUAUCAACCUUUGAAACCAAGAUAGCUUGUGGGAGUGGUGAACAAAUCCUCAGUAGAGAUGUUUACAGGUUGGGUCAAAGACUUGAUUUUUUCAGGACGCUAUCAUUUUUUUACACAACUAUUGGAUAUUUCUUCAAUACAACAGUAAUCAUCCUUUCUGUGUAUGUAUUUGUAUGGGGUCAACUUUAUCUGGCUCUCAGUGGUGUAGAGAAUUCCGUUCUGGGGAACGAUAACAACAGCAAGAAAGCAGUCAGUGCCGUUAUCAAUCAAGAACUCAUCAUUCAGUUUGGACUGUUUACUACCCUUCCAGCACUUUUUGAGAGCUCCAUUGAGACUGGUUUCCUUGAAGCCAUUUGGGAAUUCUUGGUUAUGCAGCUCCAGCUAUCAACUGUUUUUUAUACAUUCUCAACAGGAACACGUGCUCAUUUCUUCGGUCAGACUGUCCUUCACGGGGGUGCAAAGUAUCGACAAACUGGGCGUAAUUUUGUAGUGCAACACAUAAGUUUCACAGAGAAUUACAGACAGUACGCACGCAGCCAUUUCAUAAAGGCCAUUGAGUUUGGAUCAAUCCUCAUAAUUUAUGCAAUAUACACCCCGUCGGCCAAGGUCACAUUCUUUUACAUAGACAUGGUAGUUACAUGUUGGCUUCUAGUUAUCUCAUGGAUAUUUGCUCCCUUCCUCUUCAAUCCUUCCAGUUUCGAUUGGCUAAAGACUGUGAAUGACUUCGAUGAUUUCAUGAAGUGGAUUUGGUACCGUGGUGGUGUGUUUGCAAAGGAAGAACAGAGCUGGGAAAGUUGGUGGUACGAGGAGCAGCACCAUUUACUCACAACAAGCCUUUGGGGAAAGCUACUGGAAAUUGUAUUAAACCUUCGUUUCUUCUUUUUCCAGUAUGGAAUUGUAUACCAUCUACGAAUUGCAGGCCAAAGUAGGAGUGUGUCAGUUUACUUCUGGUCUUGGAUCUACAUUUUUGUGGCAUUCGGAAUUUAUCUAAUAAUGUCGUAUGUUCGGGACAAAUAUGGAGCAACAAAGCAUAUAUAUGUUCGGAUAGUGGAUUCCCUGUUGAUGAUACUUGGGAUCCUUGUCAUUAUUGCUCUGAAAGCUUUUACAGCCUUCGAAUUUGUUGAUAUUCUCAUCGGUCUGUUGGCUUUUAUUCCCACUGGUUGGGGACUUAUAUUGAUUGCUCAAGUAUUUCGAACCCUUCUUCGGCAAACCAGACUCUGGGAUUUGGUGGUCUCCAUGGCUCGAUUGUAUGAUAUACUGUUUGGAGUUAUUGUGAUGACUCCAGUGGCAGUUUUAUCAUGGAUGCCUGGAUUCCAGUCAAUGCAAACAAGGAUUCUCUUUAAUGACGCAUUUAGCAAAGGUCUGCAAAUGUUCAAGAUUAUUACAGAGAAAGUACAUCAAAAAGAUGCCUAAGCUCCACUUACUAUUGCAGGUAAUUUUAAUCAUCAUUUUCUUACACGAACCACUUUCUU